UUAGUUCACGACGAGGAUCUGGAUCAUUAACUAUGGGGGGAAAGGCAGAGCUGCAGCAACUGAGGUCCAUUCUGAGCCUCAGCUACGGCCCACUUGGCGCUGGAGCCAUGUUUCAGCCCACUCCGGGUAGAGGUCAUGUGACGUGUACAGCCACCUCCCAGAGACUACUGCCCAUGUUGAUGACAUCGUCACCGGUUGGGCGACUCGUCGUUGACUCGCUGGCCACCCACUCUCAAACGUACAGAGACUGCGGCCUGUUUGCUGGGCUCCUGGCAACCGAUCUGAUCCUUAGUGGGCUGGAUUUGGGUCUUCCACAGCAUCAGGUUUCCUUGGUAACAAGCCACGCCCUCUCCCUGGUCACAAAUCUUCUUAUGACGAAGGGGGAA